AUGCAGCUCCCCUGUGCCGUCCGCGCCCUCUUCUUCCUCUUCCUCACCAUUGAGGCCGCUCCUACGCCACAGACCGCCGGUGCCUCGGGAGGAGACCUCUCUACGCUGAGCGGCGUCAGCGGCCCGGAGACGAAUGGAGACACCGCCGCCGCCCUCGGCGCCGUCUCGAACAGUGGAUAUGUCACUGCAGCCAACGCCGGGGAUGUCGCCAACGUCUUCAGUGGCAACAACAACACCGAGAACAACCUCGCCAACGAAAACGAGAUCGUUCCUGUAAGUCUGAACAGUAACUCAGCCUCUAAUUCUAUUCCCAUCAACGUUGCUCCUUCUGUACGUAACUCUUUCUUCAGCUGUCGCCCUCACUUGGAGCGGCUGAGAAUUCCUGGCUAA